AUGCUGCAAGCUACGGUGAUAGGACCGGCAGAGUGGCCAGGUCAGAUCUUGUACUCCCGCAGAGACCCUGGACCCAGCAGAGAAGCUUUCAAUAACUAUUCAAGCACCUUUCAAGAUCAACGCCAAGAAACGGACAAACCGCUAGGAAGGACUUUACAAGCCAUCGAGAACCCAAGUGAUGGUAUUGACGAGGAAUAUAAAGAAGAAGAGCUAGUGUGGUAUGGUAAGACGGUAGUAUGGAGUCGAGGCACUCAGAUAUUCAGAAAAUACACAUACGACCUAGAGAAAGAAGAUGUUUCCACAGCUGUGUUCGCAUGGUUCAAGACAGGUGAUGAAGCUGGUUCAUCGAAAGAUGUCUCUCCCAAGGGCAAACAAGCUAUGAAGUCUCCAGACACAUUCGGUCCAUUCCACCAAUCUCAACAUGAACAUUGGGGAACACCCAGACUCUCAUCCCCGUCUUCAUCCUCCUCGAAUCCACCAAAACUCGAACGAACAUUGGUUGUCUUCCUACAAACUCGAGCACAUGUGUACUACUCGUCCGGAGAAGAUGUAGUCGUGCACUUACCAUUCGCUAUAGAUGGAGCAUGGCCAUUGUCUACCGGUGGACUUAUCGUUCAAAGAGCGUUGGAAAAGAGGGAAUUGAGAAAAUUAGGUAAAGAGAAACGAAAAUCCGGAAGUGUAUUAAGAGGAAUGACGGAUCAUUCUUCAAUGACUAUAUUAGAUGACUUGAUGGAUAUGGAGGAUGAUACAGCCCCUUACUUACCUAGAUUGUACACUUUGGAAAACCCUUUCGACGAAAUGAAGAUGAUUGUUGAAGGGAGAGUUGAAGAUGGUUUCGAUCAAGCUAGUGGGAGGUUAAUAUCCCAAACACAUGCUAUCGACUCCUCUUUAUCCAUCUUAUACGUCUCACCUGAUCCGUACCCAUUCGUUGUAACGUAUAAUUGCGAAUCAAACGAAAUUAUUCUCUAUCGUAAAACAUAUAUACCCGACCAGCCUGACUUACCACCUCUACCACCCAAUCCACGUACUAUGCGACCUGAAGAAAUCCUUGGACCAUGGGAAGCACCUGUCCCAAUCCCUCGGUCCACCAGGGCAGGAAGACCUUCUUUGCAUCGUAAUCCCUCGUCAUUUGGUCCAUCGUCUGAUAAUAGAACUUCCAGUAUCUCAGAUCCAUUAGACAGGACUCAGCGCAGAGCACCUAGAAUAUCCCGUGGACUGAGGGUAGCUCAAGAACACCCAAUAGCGACUGAUGAGCUACAGGCUACUUUAGAUCCUACCCCUAUAGUACCCCCUCCAUCCACAACAAAAAGAAGGAGUCGAGGAUUAUCGAUAUUGUCGACGACGACCACAGCCCAAGAUUCCAAUAAGAGAACAUCAGGAGCAAGUUCGUCUUUCGUUCUUUCGGACAUGCAUGAUAAACAUGACAAGAUGGGUCUACAGGCCAUAGCGGAGAUGGAUUUGAGAGAGACAACUAUGAUGAUGGGUCUAGAGAGGGAUGAGGUGGGAAGCAGAAGUGAUCUGGUUUUGGAUAAAGUAUGGACUUGGAGAGCUCCGUAUGCCAUCACACCAGACAAUGUUUCGGUCUUCCUCAGCGAUAAUCUCUUCUCCACUUCGGUUGUCAUCAAUCUACACAUAUCUCAGCCUGGUCAUACUCCUCACUUGUAUCCAUUCCAUGCUCAAUUCCGGUCAAUCCCCUACAAAUUUUUUGCCAUCACUCCCUCACCGCUUAUUGAAUGUCUGUCUGCUAUUCCGAUAAUAUCCACUCGCCCGCAUGUCUACGACGUGCUGCUUCUUGCUAGAAACAGUAGUCUCUCUUUAAUGACAAGCGGAGGUAGACAAAUAUCACUUCAAAUCCCACGUCAACCUAGAGAAGGUCAUGAAGAAGUAGCUAGAAAGCUCGCGUCUAGUCUUAGAAUGGCAGUGGACGAGAAACAUACUCGUCUGAAUUCGGAAAGGAGGAUACUCAAGCUUUUAGAUCCCAUAGGACCAAGAUUUACAAUCAUAUAUGAAGAUGGUGAAUGUCUAAGAGUUGAUGCGGAUCUUCGGAUCGAUCAUCAUUUGACGAGACAGUGUUUUGAGGCUUUGUCGUAUGUCAUUCCACCUCAGCAAUUCUUCUUCGUCAAAAGAGAAAUCCUAUCUUCCCUGCACCAAUUACCAUCUAUACAGCGGCGUGAUGACGGGCAAUUUUGGAAAAUCUUCUCGAGCGUUAUACGUGCGAUGUUACAAAUUGAAGGUGAAAGCCAACCGACAAAUCCAUUCGAGACUUUAGUACACGAUGGUCAGAUAUCAUCAAAUCCGAUCGCUCGUCGUCUUGCUCAGAGAAUGACACGCAACACCUCGGCAACUCGUUCAUUAUUGACAACGGGUCUGAUGUACGGUGAAACGCUUCGACUAGAAGACACAGCUCCGAUCAUGCUUGCGCUUCAUUUUGUCGCCCAGGAUCUGCGAUUGUCAUCGACUGGGCGUAAAGAAAUCGGAGGAAUCGUCAGGUUGAUAUCCGAUUUGGCUAGCAAAAUGGGCAGAUGGGAUUGGAAAGAUUACUGGGCUAGGAUUAUGCCUUGCGAAGUUUCAGACAUGCACCCCAAUCAAGGCAUAACCUAUGAUACGACUGUCUUAGACCAAUUCGAUGCUCCACCGGACAUUAUGGCUUAUCUCCAUCAACAACUCAUAACCCGUACGAAAUCUUUCCCUUCACCUAUAAGUCUUUUAGCCCAUCCCGCUUCAUCCGAGCUAGGUUAUGUUAAUCCUUGUCGACAGACCACUUUAAUAACUGGAAUAUUCUCCUUUUUCACCGCACCAAACUCAUCUCGAGCAGCUGCAGCUGUGAAGCAUAUGGUACUAGUGGGAUUAGAUCUAAAUUGGCUUUCUGAUCUGCCCUACGGCAUUGCUUUGCCAAUUUUGGAGACGCUUAGAUUCUGUCAACAUAAUCCGCCUAAAGAUUGGGAUGCCAAGAUGUACGAGCUCAUCGCAAGGUGGGACUUGGGGAUCAGGGCCAUGGGUGAAGCGAACGUUAGUGGCAGGGAAGAUCCCGAUUUGGACCUCGGGCUGGAAAGAAUACCCACCAUCAAAGAGCUUGUCGGAUCCGUUAGUGAGGACAAGAAGAAGCCUCAACAACCUGUUUUACCGCAUGCUCGAUUUGGCUCAGAUCGUCGAGUACAGGAAGUCGAACGUAUCAUGCAGACUACAAGGGUACGAACGAUCGCUGUCCAGGAUCCUAAAGGCGCAUCAGAGUCAGAUGUCGUCAGGUAUCAGCAGACUGUAGUCAAUACUCUCGCCAAUAGAACAUUGUCUAUACCUGUGGGUCAAGGGAUGUUCGAAUUUGGAACUCGAUCAACUAAUAUCACAGAUGUUUGGAAUAUUCCUCUUAUCGAGUUAUCAGUCAAAGUCGGUCCUGGUAAACCUACAAUGAAAGCGGAGAUCGUAUCGGACAGUGCGGAAUGGCCAUGCUUUCACAAUGGUGUCGCAGCUGGUCUUGCGAUUUCUCCGGAAUGUCAAGGUAUCGAUAGUUCCUGGAUAGUCUUCAAUCGACCGAACAUCCUCAAUGCGGAACAUGGUGGAUUCUUACUCGCACUCGGUCUCAAUGGUCAUCUUAGGUCGUUAAUGACAUAUCAUGCCUUCCCCUUACUGGAACCAAGACACGAUUUUACUUCUGUCGGAUUACUUCUUGGUCUAGCAUGUUCAUAUGCCGGUAGCGAAGACCUCUUGAUUACGAAAGUUCUUUCUCUCCACACCCAUGCUUUACUCCCACUUGGAUCGAUGGAACUCAACGCUUCGCCCAUCAUUCAAUCAUCAGCACUCCUUGGUCUGGGUCUAGUCUACGCGGGCAGUAGGAACCUUCGAAUGGCCGAAGUAACACUCAGCGAAGUAGGAAGGAAAGAGAUGCCCAAUGUAGAUGGUUUUGCAGAUUAUCAAGAAUCCUAUUCCUUCUCUGCUGCCAUGGCAUUCGGACUGAUCAUGCUUGGUAAAGGAGGUGAAUCGACUUCUGAGGUGGAACGAAGGAUGUUAACUCAACUUCGAAGAUGUAUCCUCGGUGAUACGCCGGUUUUAGAAAGCACAAAAGCUAGGAGCGCCGUACCAACAAUCGAUAAUAAUAUUACUGGUUCAGGAGCGACGUUAGCUUUGGGUUUGAUGUACCUCAAAUCUGGAAGAAGGGAUAUAGCGGAUAUCAUAACAAUCCCUCAAACUACUUUUGAACUGGACCAAGUACGACCUGAUUUGUUACUCUUACGGACAUUCGCGAGAUCCUUGAUACUUUGGGAUGAAAUUACCCCGAUGAUGGGAUGGAUAGAAGAUCAAUUACCGCAAUUCAUCAAAACAGCCCACGAUAAAGGUCAUAAUCAUAAACGAAGUACGAAUCAUAUGGAAUUAUCGACCGAACUAGCUUAUCUCAAUAUCGUCUCUGGAGCAUGUUUUGCAAUCGGCAUGAAAUAUGCUGGGACAGCUACUGAAAUGGCCCAUACGAACCUAAUGACUUUCUUUGGGGUGCUAUCGAAAGCUGCCACUGGAUCAAGUAUGACAUACGAAGGUAGAAUUAGACGUACAGCCGCAAGACAGGGCUUGAAUAUCGUUACGUUAGCUUUGGCAAUCGUCAUGUCCGGUACGGGAGAAUUGAGUGUCUUGAGGAGAUUGAGAGUAUCUCAUGGACAGGAAGGUGCGGGUGUAACUUACGGGAGUCAUAUGGCUAUGCAUAUGGCACUUGGGAUGUUAUUCCUUGGAAGAGGUCAUUAUACGCUCGGAAAUUCGAAUUUAUCAAUUGCUGUCAUGUCUAUUGCGUUCUUCCCUCGAUUCCUAGGUUCACCAGGUGAUAACAAAUCUUACCCUCAGGCGUUUAGGCAUCUUUGGGCUUUGGCGGUAGAACCUAGAUGUCUGGUUGCGAAGGAUGUCGAUACGUUGGAAACUGUUUAUUUACCUGUGAAAUUGAAGGUUAAAGAACAAACACCAGGAGCAUCGACAUCGACUAUCGACGUGCAAGAUAAGAAAUCCAGUGGUGGGACUGUCAAAGUAAGAUCGCAAAGUUUGAUUUCACCAACCCUGAUCAGUCCAUUCGAAAAUAUCUUAUCUAUCGAAAUUGAUUCACCGCGAUAUUGGUCUGUGAAAUAUGAUUGUGAUUCGCCAAAGGACAAACUAGGGUUAAUCAGGAAUAGAACCAUAUACGUUAAGCGUAAAUUGGGUUUCUUAGAUUAUAAUUCGGAUCCUAAAGGGAAUAGAAGCUUGUUUGUUAGAGCUGGUUCUAUGACUGGGAUAGAUCUACAUUACGACUUGGUCUCUUAUCAACAGCCCACAAGUCCAGCGAAUAAUAGCAAUAUAUUGGGAUCGGAAGAGGUUGAAGGGUUGGUCAGAGUACAUUCGGGUGAUCCGGCGCUGAUUAGAUUAUCCAAAUUUUUCAACAACAACUACAACGCCGGCGAAUCUGGUAAUGAUCGACAAGGCAUGGAAAUCAACAGCAUAAACAAUUUCAUUGAGAUUGUUUUGUUGGAAUGUCUAUCAUUGGAUAAACCCCAUCUUAUACCGGUUUACUUGGACAUGUACAUGUCGCUCCAACGAUCGAGUAAAGAAUGGGGAUUGGGAAUAGAAGAGUUGAACCAAUUAAAAUUCAUAAGGUACUUCUAUGAUAAGAUAUACGAUAAAUCCUUCAACUCUUCUUCGUCAACUCCAAAUGAAAAGAGAUUCCCAUUGGUAAGGAUGAACUUUGUUAACUCCCUUAUCCGACGACUCGCCCAGCCUACUUCCACGGAUGAAGCAUUGGAUAGUGUGGUCAGAUAUCUUAGAGGAGAACAAGAAGAUAUGGAAUGGACGGAAGGCUUAGUUAAAUAUAUAUGGAAGAAUAACUUACCGCCUUUACCUCUCCUUGAGAUGCUUAAAGAAAAGGUCAGACAGAGUGCUAUCGAUAGGGAGGUGCUAAUUUUGAAGCUGAGAGAUGUAUCCGAGGGGUAUCGAAAGAGGUUAUCAGGGCAGUACGGGGAGCGAAACGGGCUGGAUGACGGGGUGGUAGAGGGUGAGGGGUGGAAGAUGGACAGUGUGAGAGAGACGAUUAGGGUAUGGACGGAGUAG